AUGUACCAGUAUACCAACCAUUCAGUACCCACUUACACCAAAGAAACUAGUUACCAUAGUUUACCCGAUACUUAUUAUCCUUCACAACCUCAACAAAAUUAUGGCUGGUAUACACAACAACCUUUAGCUGCUUCUUCAACUCCUGUCCUAACAACAAAUACAACAAAUACUGGUACUCCACCAUCUCCUCCUCAUACUUCUAAUCGACCAAAAAUUACUACUUCACUUUGGGAAGAUGAAGGUACUAUAUGUUAUCAAGUAGACGCUCGUGGCAUUUGUGUGGCAAGAAGACAAGAUAAUGAUAUGGUCAAUGGUACAAAAUUAUUGAAUGUUACUGGUAUGUCUCGUGGCAAAAGAGAUGGUAUACUCAAGAACGAAAAAGGUCGGGUGGUGGUUAAAGUAGGUGCUAUGCAUCUAAAAGGCGUUUGGGUGACCUUCUCACGUGCAAAGGCUUUGGCUAUUCAACAUAAUAUCAAAGACGUACUUCACCCUUUGUUUGUCGAUGAUCCUUCCAUCUAUUUCUAUUCCAACCCUAUGGCUCCUCCUCAUGCAAAUUAUUUUAUACCCACCAACCAAAUGUAUCUACCUCAAGCAUCCAAUUCUGUAGAA